AUGGCUUUGGAGGCGUGGACGCCGCUGGCGCCCACGCGCGUGCCAUUUGAGCUGCAGGACGAUGAAACGAUGGGUACAGAGACAGUUGGUCUGGAGGAUCAUGUCAUGGAUUUUGGACCGUUUCCUCGGAAUGUUAUGAUGCAAGUUUUAGACAAUGUUCCCGUAACUGAAUUGCCGCGCGUCGGCCAAUGUUCGCGUGCAAUGCAUCGCCUAUACAAGGACGAGACGCUGUGGAAAUGGAGAUUUGAUCGACUUGCAUGGGAAGGUCUUGACGACAUGCAAGAUCUUCUUUUGAAUACUCCGCCGCCGCCGCUAGAGACGGUUUUGGCGCAAGCGAAAGUACCACGAAAACCACGCGAUACCGUAAACCUUCUCUCCGACUUGGAGCUGCAGGAGUCUACUUUGCCUAUACAUCCUUACUUUGAGCGUGUGCGACGUGCAUAUAUUGUGCUGAAGCCGUUAUUUCAUUCGCUAAUGGCCCAACAUAGCACAUCUUCCUCCCUAUUGUUUACCGGGCCUGCGACCAAGACGCUUGCAGCGCAAUGCACAAUGCUACGGAAUAUGACGCAUGCAGCAUCGACACUAGUAAAGGCACUCCCUCCUGGCCUCUCGCUGGAUACUGUCGCUCCGCGCAUACAGCAGGCAGCCACAUUUUGCGAAGUGCAGCUGCGUACGGCAUUUGCAGCUUUGCAAGAGCGCAGAGAUCCUGCCGCUGAUGCAGAAAUGCGGCGGUAUGCAAGUCUUGCAUGGAGCUUGCGCAUUGUUCCGCCCCUAUGCGGGUGCGCUCAGCCAGCAUCAGCCGAAGCACCGGAUCGAGAGCGCGCAUUGUACAGCGAUGGGGGAUACGCGCUGGUACUUGCACACCUUGCGAGCCGUCCAGUUUUUGGGAAUGCGCUUCCUCAUAAUCCCGAGGAUAGCAUUUGUUUUACCUCGCAAAGUGAAGCUGCGCUGGACACGAAACCAAUUAUUACUUUUGUAUCCUUCUUGGAAGGUGUCGUGCGCGAAGAGGGUGCACUUAUUUAUCGUGUAUUUCCCCGGGAACAGCGUGUAGAGCUGGUCUUUCUCGAGAAGCUAUGUGAUGAUCUUGUCACUGAAUAUAUCAGCGGCCUUUUCCAGCAUGCACUCUCGCACAGUCCAUUUACCUAUCUGUGCGCAUUUUCACAGUCGUACGCGCAAAUGUUGCCGCUUGCAGAUGCAAUGGUAGAAGGUGCGCCGCACUUGGACAUCGCUGAGACAAAGCAGGUGCUCGGUCAUAUUUGGGCGCAACAGCUUGAGGAGUAUAUCACGCAAGAAGAGGCGUGGGUAGCACGCACACUUGCUCAAGUGUGCGAGCGAUGGACCGAGGAAUUGGCGCAAACAGUGCGCGAACAUCGCGAGGCAUCUGUGCCCACACCACACUCUGCCGCUGAGAAGCGUUCUUUUCUCUCCAAGUUUAAAGGUGCAAUUAUGGCACCCGCUGCAUCGCUGCCGAGAUCAGCGAGCCUUGGCAUCGGGCAGCUUACACCGUCGCGAUGGCAGACAAGUCGCGAGUCCUCGCCGAACCCAGCGCAGGACGAGGAUGGGCACGAAGGGUAUCUUGGCCUUACCGAUCAGCCAACUGGAAUGGAGGACCAAGGUACUGAGAAGGAAGCGGCAACGCUCGACGUUCCUUUUGCGCAGAGUCCCAAGCUUCGAUCCGCAUCACCAAUACGGCCCUUGCAGCUUUCUGCAAUGCUGUCCAUUGACAUCGCGAUGGAGCUUAUUGGCACUACGCGCAUGGCACUGCAGCGACUCGAGCCGCUGCAUGCGUUGGGUCCAAGCAGCGCUGCACGUGUACAGCAGGCGGCGAUAAAAAUCACGGUGCUCUUCUUUGCGACCCUCAACGAUGCGCACAUCCAGCCAGGAUUCAAGAAUGCACGCGAGCAGAUCGGCUCUUACGAUCCAGCAAGACAGGAAAUGACGAUGCAUGCAGCCGAGCAUGUCGGCCCACUCAUUCUCUUUUUCGAACUCGUCCAAAUUGGCGAUACAAUCCAGCAGAUGACGCAUGUGUUCUUUGACAAGGUUGCCUCCCCAUUGUUGGGCAAGACAGAUUUUACCAAUGCUGCGAUCCGCGAAAAGAAGCGCUUCGAGAGUAGUUUGGACGAGAGCGUCGCAGAGGGCUUGAGUACGGGCGUCGAGUUGCUUGUCCAGCACGUGGAAUACAUUGUGCUCACACGCCAAAGCCCGCGCGAUUUUUACCCCGAAGCUGGGCAGGCACUUGAUAUUGCGCAGCCGACGCGUGCCUGCUCAGAAUGCUGCCGAACGUUGGAGAUCUACUGUGAUAUGCUGGCGUCGUGUGCAGACAAGGCAUUGCUGGACGUAUUUUACCAAGAGAUUGGGCUCCGUCUCUAUGCCGUGCUGUGCAAGCACUUGAAACGCCAAAUUAUAUCUUUGAAUGGCGGGUUUCAAGUGAUUUCCGACUUGAAUGCAUAUUACCACUUUAUCACGACGUUGAAACAGGCUGCAUUAACGACGCUGUUUGCUGCGCUGAAGCGGAUCGGCAGCUUGUACAUAGUGGACGACCCCAAAGAGCUCGCCAAAAUGGUGCGCGACGCAACACUGAGUGGAGGAACGUGGCGGCCUGAGGAAAUGUACGAAUUUUUGCGCUCGCGCAGCGAUUUCAAGUCCAUUGAGAGCAACGUCGAUGCGGAACUGUACGGGAUUAAAAUCAUGGAGGACUGUGUGGUGCUAUAG